AUCAGACAUUUUACGUGUUUAUAAGAAAAUCCGAGGUAUCCAGAGUUCGGGGAAUUCCGUUACUUUUACUGAUAUGUGCUUAUUAUAUGUGCUUUGAAAGUUUCGAGAACAUUCGAGGGUAAACUGUCGUUUGACGAGAUACGAGACAGCGAAGCUUAGUGACAACACAAUUCGAACAUCGUAGCUGUUUCCCAGCGGAGCUAGCAAGUGAUUGUGUCGCGCAACAUAUUUUAGGAGCUUCGUCUGGUACUGAAUUAAGACAAAAUGACGAAGAAAGGAAAGAAGAAGAAGAAGAAGACAACAGCUGCGUCAACCUCAAAAAAGACUUCGCAAGAACAGACUUCGCAACAACAAUCCUUGCAGCAACAAGAGGAAGGGAAACAACCUUCAGAAGCAUUACCUAGUUCGACGCAACAAGAGACAACCACAGGAAAGAAGAAGAAGCAGACAACAGCUGCGUCAACCUCAAAAGAGACUUUGCAAGAACAGACUUCGCAACAACAAUCCUUGCAGCAACAAGAGGAAGGGAAACAACCUUCAGAAGCAUUACCUAGUUCGACGCAACAAGAGACAACCACAGGAAAGAAGAAGAAGCAGACAACAGCUGCGUCAACCUCAAAAGAGACUUCGCAAGAACAGACUUCGCAAGAACAGACUUCCCAACAACAAUCCUUGCAGCAACAAGAGGAAGAGAAACAACCUUCAGAAGCAUUACCUAGUUCGACGCAACAAAAGACAACCAUAGGAAAGCAGCAGGAAGCAGCUGCGUCAACUUCAAAACAGACUUCUGACGGUUCAUCAAAACAACAAAAGAUACUCAAAGAUCCAAAGCAGCAACAAGUAAUUCCAGACCAACCACAACAACAACCACAAGGAGUAUGGGGCCGCCCACGACAACAAGUACCUCAGAGCCAACCACGACAACAACAGCAACAACCAGUAUGGAGCCCACAACAAACAGCUUGGGAACAACAGCAGCAACACAGAGCACCAACUUUACCUCAACAGGAGCAAAAAGCUUCAAUUGAUAUUGGUGCUGCUGAUGAUCAUCGACAAGUACAGGCAAUUGGUGGUGAUGUGUAUCAACAGCAGCCAUCAACAAGUACUACAUCUCUUGAUAUAUCUGAGCUGGCAUUGACAGAUCCAUUCCAUAAAGAAAAGAAUGAAAAGGCAAAAAUGUCAUCUGCACAAUUGAAAGCAUAUCAUGACAUGAUACCAAAGAGAAAAAAUCCUCUAUGUGGUGGGAAAAUAGGGAACAACAUUUCUGUGUUUACGAAUAUGUACCAAAUUAUAUUCAGCGAUAAGUUUGUAACCAAUGCAGUUCAUUAUGAUAUUAAUAUUCGUCCUUUCGAUGAAAAGCCCAGCAAAACAGAAACCAAGAAAGAAACCAGACUUCCUAAGAUUUUAUGUAGAAAUAUUUUUGAACAAUGUAGAAAUAAACAUUUUGACAUGAGAUUUCCAGCUUAUGAUGGGAACAAAAAUGCAUAUAGCGCAAAUGAGCUUCCUUUCCCCGAUUAUAUGCAGGAUGUUUUCUGGUUCGAAAAUAAUAGGGGACAAAGGAAACAAUAUGAAAUUAUCAUGAGGAAAGUGGCUUAUAUUGAUCUUAGCUGGAUAAAAAAUUUAAGACCUGGUCUUGCAGGAAAUAGAGAUCAAACCGCUUUACAAGUCUUGGAUGUAAUCAUGCGUCAUGCACCAGAAUCGCGGUUUAUUAAUGUUGGAAGAUCACUCUACUGGAAUAUAGAUAGGAUCGAGGAACUAGGUGGUGGCUUAACGCUAGCCCACGGUGGAUUUCUCUCUGGUGUACUUGGGUGGCAACCAUAUCUAAAUGUAGAUGUUGCUUAUAAAGGAUUUACUAUGAAUUCAAGGGUACUUGAAUACAUAGCUUAUAUUACAAGAAUCAGGGAAGAAAGCCUUUCUUAUAACGAUGUAUUCUCGAAGAGAAACACGAUACUAGGUUUUUUAAAAGGUUUAAAAGUGACUUACGCAAUACCUAACUCACCAAUUUCGAAACGUACGUACCGUGUACUCGAUUUAUGGUCUGAUAGUUGUGACUCGCAUACGUUUACAUCAUCCGAUGUAACUUACACAAUAACAAAAUAUUUUCGGGACAUAAAGAGAUAUAACAUAAGGAGGCCUGACUUGCCUACUCUUCAUGUGGGCAAGACUUCCAACGGAGACAAAGUCUUGGUGCCUCUCGAAUUAUGCACCAUUGUGAGUGGCCAGGCCGUUAAUAAAAAACUAGAUGAAAAUCAAACCACAAAUAUGAUUAAAAAAGCAGCAAACGCUGCGCCUAUCCGUAAACAGAACAUAGAAGAAGCGUUCAGGAUGCUGGAAAUAAAUAGUAGUUCUGUCAUGAAAAAUGAGUUCAAUCUAUCUGUGAGUACAAAAAUGCAAAAGGUUGAUGCCAGAAUUUUGCCUCCUCCUGGAUUAAAAUAUGCUAACGCAACGAUGACAGUAGAAAGAGGAGUAUGGCGUUUACAACAGUUUAUUGAAGCCAAAAGUUUGAAAUCUAACUUAUGGACUAUUCUUAUAUUAGCUGAUGAUAUAAGUGAUGAUGAUAUAAAUGAAUUUGCAAAGGCAUUACAAACAAAUGCAAGAUUCGUUGGUAUGAGCAUUGGAACCGCUAAAAUUCCAUUUAAAAAGUUCAAUACAAACGAUUUAAGUGGUAUCACAAAUUACUUCAAUCAAUAUAAACAUUUACAAUUGAUAAUAGUUGUCAUACCAAGUUCUACAAACGUAACAUAUGGGAACGUAAAAAAAAUCACCGAAAUGGACAUAGGUGUUUUGACACAGUGUAUAAAAAGUACAAAUGCGAAAGCAUGUAAAAAUGCUACAAUAAAAAAUCUUCUACAAAAAAUAAAUUCAAAACUAAAUGGCAUCAAUCAUAUAUUGGUUAAUAUGCCAUCAUGUUUAAGCAACAUUUCUUGUAUGCUUGUUGGUGCCGAUGUAACUCAUCCGGCCCCCGAUUCUAAAAGUGCACCAUCUAUAGCGGCGGUUGCUGCAAGUAGAAAUAAUUCAGCUUUCCAGUAUAAUGUUACACUCAGACUUCAACCACCUAAAGAAGAAAUGAUUUUAGAUCUUGAAGCAAUAAUAUUAUCACAACUUAAUAUCUAUUAUCAGCAAACAAAGUCUGCACCGCGGAGACUCAUCUAUUACCGAGACGGAGUUAGCGAAGGACAACUUCCUCAAGUUAUGUUUUAUGAAAUAAACGCUAUUAAAAAUGCAAUUAAAACAUUCAAUAAAGGUAAUAUUGAAGUUACCUGCAUGGUUGUUCAGAAGAGACAUCAUGUGCGUCUCUUUCCUGCAAAUAAACAUGAAACAGAUGACAGAAACGGUAAUGUGAGAGCGGGUACAAUUGUCGAUACAACUAUUACACAUCCAGAUCAUAUCGAUUUUUAUCUCGUAUCACAUGCGAGUAUUCAGGGUACAGCGAGGCCUACAAAAUACAGAUGCAUAUGCAACGAUUCUAAAUUUAACGAAGAUCAGCUUGAGGAAAUGACUUAUUUUCUUUGCCAUAUGUAUGCCCGCUGUACAAGAUCGGUAAGCUAUCCGGCACCAACGUAUUAUGCUCAUUUAGCAGCUUUUCGCGGAAGAGCCUUGUUACAAGGAAAUCCAAACUUUAAUUUGGCUGAUUUAGAAAGGGAACAGAGAAAUUUUAAAAUAAACAUGCCAGACUCGCCGAUGUAUUUCAUUUAAUAAUAUAUUAUUUAUGAUUUUAAGAGUUCUAUGUGGGGACCCCUUUAUAGUUGAGAUAUGGCAAUUAAUUGUAUUUCCUUUGGACAAUAAUUGUAUUAUAUAGAUUCUCUUAUUGCAGAAUUCGGCACGCGAUGCAUUUUUCGAUCGAUUUUCAGCCUGAUGUGGGGGGAUUAGUGAGGUAAGGGACGUGAAUGUAGCUGAAAAUCAGCCGAAAAAUGUAUCUUGUGCCGAGCCCUUUCUUAAUAUGUAAAUUAAGCAUAGUUUCUACGAUUAAUUAGUGAUAAUGUAAUUGAUAAUUGUUUGCAUUUAUACAUCAUGUUUCAGUUACACGUUAAGGAAAAAUAUAAUACAACAAAAAGAAAAAAAAAUUUAAGAUGGACGAUG